UGCACUUCGCGGUCGAACCGCCUCCGCCGUGCAGCGUUCAUGGUAUCCCGAGUGUAGGUGGUCGAGAUUGUGGCUGUGCUGCCAAACUCUUUGCAACUCUUCUCGUUAUAGCGAGGGUUUUGCAUUUUAAAGCAGGUUACCGGUGUGUUGUCGGCCGUGAUGGACCGCUGGAGAGGCAGAGUGGCUCUGGUGACCGGAGCCUCGGUCGGGAUUGGGGCGGCUAUAGCCAAGGAGCUGGUCCGACAUGGCAUGAAGGUGGUGGGCUGUGCAAGGGACGUCGAAAAAAUACAGAAACUGGCUGCUGAGUGUCAAGCUGCAAGCCACAGUGGUGUUUUGCUGCCUCUCAAGUGUGAUUUGAACAGUGAGGAGGAGAUUCUGUCAAUGUUCUCUGUUAUCAAAGCGCAGCACAAAGGUGUGGACGUGUGCAUCAACAAUGCUGGCCUGGCUAAUCCAGAGUCGCUGUUAAAUGGCAAAACCAGUGGCUGGAAGAACAUGCUGGAUGUGAACGUUCUUGCAUUGUCUAUAUGCACACGUGAAGCAUAUCAGUCAAUGAAAGAAAGAAAUGUUGACGAUGGGCACAUCAUAAACAUAAACAGCAUGAGUGGACAUCGUGUCAUUCCCAGUGCUGAUGUGCAUUUCUACAGCGCCACCAAGUACGCUGUGACGGCCCUGACCGAGGGCCUGAGACAGGAGCUGCGUGAAGCAAACACCCACAUCAGAGCCACAUGUAUUUCUCCUGGUGUAGUGGAGACAGAAUUUGCUCUGCGCCUCCACAAAGACAAUCCAGAUAAAGCUGCUGCUUCAUAUUCAAGAUUCAAGCCUUUGACAGCAAUAGAUGUUGCUGAUGCUGUUACAUAUGUCCUCAGUGCCCCUCCCCACGUGCAGAUUGGAGACAUUCAGAUGCGACCUGUGGAACAGGUGUCGUAGUGUAGCGCCGUGUGACAGCUGAUUUUAUGGACUGACUCAUUCUCCAUCUCACUGGUUUAUGACAUUUGUGAAACUAAUUACUUUAUCUAAUCAUAGAAUAAAUUUGGUCUUAAAGUUCAUGCUGAAAUAUUGCACUUCCAGAAUAAAAUGUCUGAUCUGAAGAUUAAA